GCUCCAUUCACAAGUGGAUGGAUCCACGCGGAAACUCUUACUCAUUUAUUUGAACUGACGCCACCGGAAAAUCUCAAGAAACAACCGCCGGCGCCGGAGAAUUAAUUCAUCAACCGGCCGAUCGAUGGCUCAGCGAUCGCCGCACGUUCCCAAAUUCGGCAAUUGGGACGCCGACAAUGUUCCCUACACAGCCUUCUUCGAGAACGCCCGCAAGGAAAAAUCCGGCGCCGGCGUCAGAAUAAACCCUAACGAUCCCGAGCAGAACCCCGACGCCUUCAACGCCGCCAAUCUUCUCAGCUCCGAUCAGCGCACCCACAGCGCCGCCGCGGCGUCCGACGUCGCCUCGGCCGUCAACCCCGGCCACAAUCGGAAAAAGUCCCGCCGGAGUAAAUUCACAAACGACGGCCACGUCCCGCCGUCGCCUGAUGAUUACUCCGGACGAUCCGUGUCGGUGCCGAAAUUCGGAGCAUGGGAUGAGAACGAUCCAAGAUCUGCAGAAGGAUUUACUGUCAUUUUCAAUAAAGUGAAGGAGGAGAAGCACACAGCCUCGGCUAAGCUCCCCGCAGUGCCGCCGCCGUUGAAGACGAACGGCGGCUACGAUGAUCAGAACAACAAAAGUAGAUCACGGAGAUGCUGCGGCUGUUUCUUCUGAAGAACCACACCCACACCCGCACCCAAACCCACACAUAUUAUACUUAUAUCACAACAUUUCAAUUUAGGGUUUCUGAAUUUGAUUAUCACCAAGACAUGUCACAAUUUGUAAUCGGUGAAGUUAUUUUCGAAAUUGUUUGUCAAACUGAACCAAAAUUGGUCAAAUUAGCCAAUUGGAUUAGCCUUUUAUUUUUUUUA